CUAUUCUACUGUAGUACGGUUUUUAAAAAAAAAGCCGUUAUACUGCAGCGUUUAUCACUUUAAACAAUUGCAAUAUCUAGAAUUGUUUUCUUCUUUAGGGCAUUGCUAAUUACUGUUACCACCUGUAGGUGAAACUUGAAAAGCAUAAAUCUGCUUCUUGUUUGAUUCAGCAGAAUUGUGUUCAAGUUUUAUUACAUUUUUUUAAAUCCUCAUAUAUUUGAAAAUCAUUGCUAUAUUUGAUCCCCAUAUAAUAUGGGGUCAAAUCUAUCUCCAAAUUGUGCUACAAGACUAGGGGAAACAAGAAAAUAAACAUUAACUUAGACCUUUUUUUUUAUUUUGAAUGCCUUUUCUCCAGCACUCCUAUCCUUACUAACAUUUUUUGUGUUUAACUCUCUGUUCCAUGUUUUGUCUCUUCAAAAGUCGACUUUUGUUUUAUAUAGUUUUCAGUAGGGUUAGUGUCUUGAUUUUUUUCCUUCCAUUAUUAGUAAGGAUCUUAGUGCUGAACUGUGUAUUCCCAAGCCUCUAAAUGUGUAGCUGUAACUUCAGUUUCCUUUCCCUUUUGAUCUGUCACAAUGCUGACAUUUAAAUAUGAUUUUUAACAUGAGUGUCAUUUUUAAUGAUGCUUCUUAAAUGUGAGUGAAUGUUUGAUGGAUACAACAUCUGCUCUAAUGGAUCUUUCAGAACCAUUGCUGGUUGUCAGUUAAGUUUCCAUUGUUAGUACUUAUGUUAAUUAAGAAAAGCACUAUAUAUUACUUAACUUGAAACCUCGAGCUUUUAGUGUCAUGUAAGUUUAUACUUUACCUGUUUUUGUGAAGACUGAGUAUUUUUACGAUGCUGUAAUAAUUCUGAGGAAGUGGUUCCUGAAGCAUGUCAUGCAAAUUGAUGUUAGUUGAUGAGUUCUGUGUCUAAUGGGACUACUCUUUCAAGGGAGAUAGUACUUACUGUUGGGUAAAGCUGUCCACCCCUCAGUGUGCUCUACAUCUGUAUGCUUGUGACUGAAGUACUUCAUUUGAACACUUAAAAGCCUUAAUUUAAUUUUUCCUUUAAGUAACAGGAAUUUGACCCUGGUUACAGUCUUAUGUUAAAGCCAUUUCUGAAUAAUAGGAGGAGAAUAUAGACUGUGAAGCUGUUUGCAAACUUGAAACUGAUUAGUUAUUUGCUUUGAGGUUUUUUCGAAGGCUUUUUUUUUUCCCCUAAAUCAAAAUCCAUUCCAGUCAGUAUUAUCCAGUGUUAUCAACUUGCACCUGGAGUGAAUGGUAGACUUUGGAAGUGAGGGUUCAUUUUAGAAGUCAUAACUAGAUCAUGACCCAGAACUAUAUCAGUGUGAAACGAUGAUAUUCUACAAAUAUAUUAGUAUCUAUAUUUUUUUUACUCUUUUACUUUCAUACUUUUUUGUAUUUGCAUCAAACACCACUUGUUUCUUAAAUUUGGCACUUUGAAAAUAUGGAGGCUAUUAGCAUUUUAUAAUGGUUUAUGUACAUGUCUAACAUUGGUGAGUUCCUUACAAAUAAAAGGUUUGAAAAUAAAUGAUAUUCACAGUAGAACCUAUCCAUCAGUUACAUGCAUUAUAGCAUUUUUGUCAGUGUUUCCAUACUUCAAAAGUGCUUGUUAUUUUUCAUUUAAGUAUGGAAGUAAUGAUUAGUGUAAGUUCUUUGAGUGACAGCAUAAACCCUUCACUGCUGUGAUUUGUCAUGUAAGAGCAGGAGUUCUGUAAUUGGAUCUGUACUCCUUCAGGACAUCUGUAUUUUUCUCAAUUUAAAAUAUUUUAUAAGAAAGGUGAUUAUCUCUUAUAUAACAAGCAAUCAUAACUCCAUGUUCAAAUAGAUGCACUUUUCUGAAUAAUGAUAAAUAUCUAACUUCUCAGAUUUUAUUUUUUCCUAGGAAUUAUGAAAUUAUCAUUGAAGCAUCAUAUUCUGUCAUUCACACUCAUGUUAAAUAUUUACCAGAGCAAGUGAUGGGGUUUUUUUACAAUGCUCAAUAAUGACCUAAAAUACCAGUGUGCCUCAGUGAACUGAAAAACCUUUGACCUUGUCAGAUUUAUGAAAUGUUUUUUUAAAUGACUCUGACAUGAAAUAAUUGUGUAUCUUAUACAAAUAUUUUGCGAAAUAUAAGGCUAUCCUGAUUUACCUAGGAAUUUAUUUCAUACUUUUUGUCUUUUUUAAGUAUACAUUGGAGAAGGGUAUCACCAGCUGAAGUAAUAGUUUUUCUCCUUGAGUAUGUUUAUUUUAAUUUUUUUUUCAAUCCAUAGGCUUUUUUUUAAAGUUAAUGUAUAGUUCAGUCAUUUUGUAUCCAUGUUAGUAUGGUCAUUUGGUGCUGGGAGAUCUCAAACUUCAAUUAGCCAUGUAAAUGUGUUUCUUAGCAUCAGCUCUCACGUUGCUGGAACCCCUGCUGCCUUUAUAUCAUUAACAUAAAUGCAGGUGCAAAUAGCAUUUGUGUACUUUGAUAGAAAGCAGUUGGAGACAUUUCACUGUGGGACACGACACUUUCAGAUUGUGUACAUCUGUUCAAAUAAUGUAUCCAAGCCAGUGACAUGAAUGCAAGGAUAAAAACAUCUGCCCCUGAGACCACUUGCCAUACAGCAGAUGCUUACAUCUUUAUUUAUGCAGAUGGUUUGUGUGAUGAGCUGAGCAGUGAUGAAAGCGAGAAAGUUUCACAAAGAUUCCGGGGUAUUCCUUGGGAUGGGAAAAUAUAUUGGUAACAGUGCUUUGCUUUCAUAUGUCUGCCAAAAGAAGAACAUCUAUUAUAAAUACUGGUGCUUCUAGUAACAUGGACGUACCAUUUAGGACAUCAACUAGAUUAACACAAAAUCACUAAAGGAUUUUUUUUUUAAUCUCCUGCACAAUAAUUGUACUGCAGUUAUAGAAGAUACUGAAUAGUCUAAUAGGAGUAAUUACUUUUAAACAGGCAAGCUCAACUGCUUUGCUUCAGGAUGUUCUCAAGUUAUAGAAAACAUUGAAUUGACUGAAAAGUUUGCAGAGGUAGAAUGCUUUGAAAUACUAACCGAACUCAUCACAGAGUGGUUCGGAGGUUGUGUGCGGUGCUGUACAAGAUUCCGUGACUUCGUGAAUUUUUCAGGACGAGCCAUAUUAAGCGUUACAAAAACCAUUAGAGAAAUAGUUUAGCCUGUCUGUUGUUUGAAAAGUACCGUAGGGUAGUCGACGCGAGUUGCAGAUCCAAACUGAGCUGGCGCUUGGGGAACAGGAGGUGCCCGGCAGUGGCUUCCCGGCGGCAGCAGGACUCGCCUGGCGCGGCGGUGGCCGGAGGCUGCGGCCGUGGGUGCCCAACUCCCCCUGCUGGACUCGGCACCGAGGGGCUCCUUUGUCUGCCAGCACCCGCCGGACACACGUGAAUUUAAUUAGAAAUGGACUGAUAUUUCGGCACACAUCAAGCUAAGGAUAUAAUCUUUGGCCUACAUUCCUGUUGACUGCGCUCCUGUUUCCAUUCCCUCGUAUGCUGCCACCGUUGCCAGUGUUUGCUGACACAGUAUCACCUCUCAGCAGUAUAUUCGGUAGUUCCUUUACAGCACAUCUACUACUUUGUUUAGAGAACCAGUGCUGCCUUUAAACAGCAAAGUGACUAGCAAGCUUAGCAAUGCCAAUAAGCUUUGCAAAUAAUUGUAAUUAUGCACAGGGGGAGGAAAACCAGUCAGAUACUGUAAUUUAAAUUGUUUUCUACUACAUGCUACUGUCAGUAAGACCUAGCUAUGUUUGGGUUCAGCAGCAAGUGAUAAUUUUAUAUGUUCUGAAAACUAAUGUCUGCCUAGCCAGGAGAUGUAUUUGAGAAGAUGUUUUAAUUUUCCUGUGCUAUACAGGACCAUGUCUGUAUUUGAAAAAAUAUACGUACCUAUUUGAAGUACUGUAGAGAUUCUCUAAUCUUUAUUUUUGUUUUAAUCUUCAGUGGAAUUAACUACAGGUGGCAAUGUUUUGCAUACCUCAGCCAGAGCUGGAGAGUCUUUUUCUGAAGACAUCUGGGUCAUGAAGAAAGAAAAGGGGGCACAGCUAGAGCAAACAGAAACCUUGGACAGAGAUUCCCCAUUCAAAACUUACACCACUUAGGUGGUGGUUUUUUGCAUGCUAAUCCUGCAGAGAAACAUUGUGUCCAACAAAGUAUGCUGGGUCAGCAAAAGCAAGAAACUUGUGCUGGAAAGACAGUAUCCACAGAUAAACACAAACCCCCUUUGGAUAUAAUACAAAGUUUUCAGAAGAAAAGUCAGUUUAGGACCAUUGCUCCAAAAAUGGCACCAAAAAUUUUAACACCUGGAGUGGUUUCUUGUCUUCAGUCUUCUUUGCCUGAGCCAAACACACCGAUUUCAGCUGCAGGUUCUAAACCACUGGUGGUACCAGCUCAGAACUACACUGUCAUGCAGGUGGCUGGUCAGAAGGGGACAUUUUCCCUGCUGGCUGUGCCGUAUGUUGCUCCUGCUUUAACACAGCAAGCCCAGCAGUCAAAUGUGACCCCCUCUGAAAACCUAAAGCUGCCUAUCCCUAGGUACCAGUCUGUAAGGAAUAAAUUGCUAGGUGACAAAAAAUUGGCGAAAAUCUCUGGUUUGGGUGCACAUAAGAAGAUUCCUACGAAAGCAUUGGUCUCAUCACAGACUCCCCCUGUGACUACUGUAACUGAAGACUGUCCUGAAACUCACUCUAGUUCAGAUUCAACUGAGCAAGCAACGCUGACAGACUGUGACUCAUCCGAAAUUGCAGUUGCCACAGUAGUAAAUAAAAGCAACUGUGUGGAAUCUGGACCUCCUUUAAUGAACAAAACUGAAAUUGCUAACAAUAAGAUUUCUGUACCGUCUGUAGUUAAAGACUCUUUAUCCAAGCCAGCAAGUACAAUUAAUCCCCCGAAACUAAGUCUGCGCUCUGUGAAGACAGCAUCGGAAACCACAAGAAAGUCAGUCAUGACAUGUGAGAAACGAAAGGAAAAACCCACAAAUUCUGCAAAUCCUGUUGCUGUCUUGUCACCAGCAGUUCUUGGCAGCACAAUACAGAUGAAUCCAUCAGCACCAAAAGGAAAACUUCCUAUUUUGCCUUACUCAAGGAUGAAAAAUUCACUGUUUUGUAAAUCUAAGCAGAAUAUUAAUGUUAUGGAUGUAUCUGAUCCUUCACUAAGAUCUGAAUGUGAAAAGACACCAGCUUUGACAAAAACCAAAGCAUUUGAUAAGCAAUUAGCUAUGUCAUCUACACAAGUCCCCAAACAAACUGUUCUAGAAAACACCUUCUCUCCAUCCAGUGAAGUGGAUGUCGACAGUCUUAAAAAAUUGAACAGUGCAGCCUCUAAAAAAAGAGGCAGGAAAAGAAGAGCCUCAGAUGAUUUAUUGGCUUUUCAGACCAAGCGAAGGAAAUGCAUCAUUAAUAAGUUUAGAGAAGGAAGAGAGAGGGAGAAGGUUGAUAUUCAGACACCUGAAGACAAAAAAGCAGAAGCAGUGAAAAAAUACCGUAGUAUUAGACCGAAGCCGGUGGUAGUUGUGCAGACCUUCACACCACUGACUUCUCCAGCAACAGCAGAGACACCACCUCGUGUCCAUUCAGAGCAAGCUAUUCCUUUAAAUGGUUCACUUGCCAGCAAAUAUUUGAGUUACAAGCAAAGUGAUGCUACAUCAGCUAAAUCAAGUGAUUCAAGUAGAAAUGCGUGUUCAGCCACACCUAAGCCACUGCACAGAUGUCCUGUUUGUAACUAUACCUUCCAGUUCAAACACCAUCUCCAGGACCACAUGAACUCACACACGAAGAAACGGCCCUACAGCUGUCGGAUUUGCCGGAAAGCGUAUAUCCAUUCUGGGAGGCUCAGCACGCAUAUGAAGCUUCAUCACAAUGAAAGCAAACCCAAAAAGCUGGUGUGCUGUGAAUUCUGUGCUAAAGUUUUUGGCCAUGCAAAAGUGUAUUUUGGCCACCUCAGAGAAGUCCACAGGGUUGUUAUCAGCACUGAGCCCCCUCCUAGCGAGCAACAGAUGCAAGAUGCUUUAAAGAAGAGAGACACGAAUAUAAAAGAGACAGAAGAAGCUACAGAGAGGGGAAAUAAGUGCAAUCUUGAGGACCUAUUUCAUAACCCGGGAGGAGUGAAAAUACAAGUCAAAUGUGGCCGAUGCCAGUUUAUUGCACAGUCUUUUGGUGAAAUGAAGUUCCACUUACUGUGCUGUCAUGGAGAAGAGAUUCAGGGAAGGGUAAAGGAGGGGGGUUUGCAAGGAAAUAAAGGAGCAAAAGGGGAACUGAUCAAACAUACAACCCACUUCUGGAAACAGCACAACGAGAGAAGACAUUUAGCAAAAUGCAGUGCCCGUGAGGAGGAGCUUUAUACUUUUCCAAAACUGAAAAGACAGAUAUACUUUCAACAUCAAAAUAAUGUCAAUAUUUUACCAAAAGGCGAAGUGACUCAGGCAAGAAGUGGUGAAACCACCAAGGAGAUGCAAAAUAUGGGGUUUGGUACAGCAAGCAAGAAAAUGGAAUUUUGGUCUAAAGCAGGCUAUAACUGCAUUUUAUGCAAACAGCUAUUUGGAAAAAAAGAGGAUCUUUUUAGUCAUUGGCAGAGUCAUCAUAAUUGUGAAGACCCUUCCACUUUAUGGACAAUUUUUAGUUUAGUAUCAAAAGAAGGGAUUAUUGAAUUUUCUAAUAAUGGUGAAUAUUGAAGCUCAAUUCUGCAAUGCUAUGAACAACAUCAACUACCUUAGCAAAUUUUUUAGGUUUUUUUCACUGUUUUGCUAAACUAACUCAACAGAAGUAUCACUUCAAAGUUUUGUUGGGUGGGUUUGUUGGGUUUUUUUUAAAGUUAUGCUAAUCUUUAUUUUGGUGAAUAGAAAAUAUAUUUAUUCAGUGUCAUUCCAGAUGGGUACUUGGAAGCUGAUUGUGAAACACUGUACUUAAUAUUUGUGUUUAAGGAACUUCAUAGCAGCAAAUACCCAAUACUAAUGGUUAACAUCAAAGAAAAAGAUUUUAGAGUUAAAUUAUACUGUACACACAGAAAUAAAUCAAUUUAUAUGAAGCAAUCUUAAUCUUGAAUGAAAUUACAAAACCCACUGUAAGUGUAAUUUCAGUCCCAAUCGUACUUCCAAACUUUGUGAUAAAUACAUGUUUCCCUGCAGUUCUGUUGGACACUUGUGCAUACAUGCAGCUGGCAUUCAAGAGUUUUAUGAUCUGUAAUUUCAGAACUUUUCAUUCUGGUUUCCUUGAUUUCAGUGUCUUCAGCCAUGUUUAUUGCUUGCAGGCCUUUUUGUUGUUAAAUUCCGUCCUGGAAAUAGCAAAGAUUUUGUAUUUUAUAAAUAAAAACUCUACAUACAUUUA